AUGAAGAUCUGUACGACGUAUAAAGAAGAUGUUUCGACGAAUGGAAUCAUCAUCAUCAUUGCAUCGAGACUGGUGGUAUUUAAGACAAAAAAGAGGGAAUAUUUACGGACCUUUGUGGAUGAAACCGGCACGUCUGCCGGGGCCACCACCUUCCGGGCGUCGCUGAAACCCGCGUCGGACAGCAGCAGGCAGCUGCCCUGCCCUUUGACUCCGGUUGGUGUCGCUGCUCUGAGUAACGUGAGUCACUUCUACGGCUGGCCGUGCGCAUGCGUCGUGGUGCAGUGUCGCGGUUUCUCGGGUGAAAACUGGGCUGUUGAUUUUGGCAAGUAUCGUCCCGGCAGCAAAAAUAUAAAUGUCGGCGCUCUCUCCCGGCAGUUCGACGGAUCUGAGGACAAUUCCGAUCCAGAGUCCAUUCUUCCUCCCUCCUGGUUCGCCAGUCCGAGUGAGUUAACGGGAUUCACUGACCAGUAUCAGACCUCCUCACUCGCUGGUUGCUACUUCUCCCCGAGCUACAGUCACACUACCAACCCUCCUCCCAGCUUGUUAGAUGAUUCUUUUGUCUAUAUUGUGCGGCACUUCGUGGCAUCUCGCCGUGUGCGUGCUAAGGUCCAGUACCUUGUGGACUACGAAGGGUAUGGCUCAGAAGAACAUACAUUGAUCCUAGUGAAGGGCAUCUUGGAUAAUUCGCUGAUUAGAAAAUUCCAGGCUUUGCUGUUGCUUGCCGCUUCACCAGAAGCGCAUGGAAUCCUCUGCCAACGGCGAACAAAGGACGACUUACCUGAUUUGUACAAAGAUGGAGAUAUUAUCCUUGGCGGAAUAUUCACUAUGCAUUUGGAUCUAAAUCAUGAUCUCCAUUCAUUUAACUCUACACCGAAAAACGCUAUAUGCAAAAGUUUUUGGCUAGCAAAUUUUCGACUGGCGCAAACAAUGAUCUUCGCUAUUGAAGAAAUAAACCAAAAUGAUAAUCUACUCCCGGGAAUCACACUUGGCUACCAGAUCUACGAUGACUGUUCGUCCACCGAGAUCGCCUCGAAAGCAGCACUCGCUUUGAUCAACGGAGAAGACAAAUCAAUUGAAUACCCCAAAUAUAGUGGUUCCUCCAAAGUUGCCUCCAUUGUUGGCUGCCAACUAUCUAAAAAUUCCAUCGUAACCGCCAGGACAAUCGGUUCCUUUGGUAUUCCACUGAUUCCGAGCGCAAUUUGCUCAGAGCACUGUCUUCCUGGAAGAAGGAAAGUAAGUCGGAAAGGGCAACCCAAAUGUUGUUUCGACUGUGCAGUGUGCGCUGAUGGUGAGUUCAGCAACGAUACUGAUUCCACGGAUUGCAUCAAGUGCCCCCCAGAAUAUUGGUCUAAUGAGGAAAAAACCGAGUGUGUUCUCAAAAAAGUUGAGUUUCUUUCCUUUCGAGAAGGUCUGGCGUUUGUAUUAGUGUCGCUUACUUUCGUGGGAGUGUGUAUUACUUUGGCCACAGCUACGAUUUUCUAUCGGUACCGAGAAACUCCCAUGGUCAAAGCGAACAACUCCGAGCUCAGCUUCCUGCUACUCUUCGCCCUUCUGCUUUGCUUUAUUUGCCUCUUCGCCUUCAUUGGUAAACCGUCGAGUUGGUCUUGCAUGGUGCGCUGCACGGCUUUCAGAAUUGUGUUCGUUCUGUGCAUUUCCUGCGUCCUGGGCAAAACCAUUCUUGUCGUAAUUGCCUUUAAAUCAACCGUACCCAAAAGUAGCGCGAUGAGCUGGUUCGGACCAAUGCAACAACGCUUGGGCGUCUUCGCCAUUACCUUUUUGCAAGGUUCAGUUUGCGUUAUCUGGCUCAAAGUGUCACCGCCCUAUCCCCUGAAAAACAUGAGUUAUUACAGAGACAUCAUUAUUUUGGAAUGCGAUGUGGGCUCAUUGACCGCAUUUUACUCAGUGUCAGCCUAUAUUGCUCUAUUAUCAUUUCUGUGUUUAUUGCUUGCAUUCUUUGCCCGGAAACUCCCGGACAGCUUUAACGACGCCAAGCACAUCACCUUCAGCAUGCUGAUCUUCUGCGCUGUUUGGAUAACAUUUGUUCCAGCUUAUGUGAGUUCCCCUGGAAAGUACACCGUGGCUGUAGAAGCGUUCGCUAUUUGGGCAUCGAGUUUCGGUCUGCUCGUCUGCAUUUUUGCACCGAAAUGUUAUAUUAUCUUACUGAAACCGGAGAUUAAUACAAAGAAACAAAUUAUGGCGAAAGGGAAUUUACCUUAA